UCUCCUUAGGGCACCUGUAUGGCCCUAGAUUUAGAGUUCAGUUUGUGGGAGUAGUUAAGGGGUUAAUCUAGUGCACAGCAGGAAGAGGGGGCGGGUAGCAGGAGGGUACUUAUGUGCUGUCCCCGCCUAUCCUCUUCCUCUUUAUCGGAAGCGAGGUGUCCUGGUGAGUUGCACCUGCGCUCUGUCUGUACAAGAGAUUGCGAUGGCUGCGGGUGAUGCCCGUCUGAGGGAGGUCUUGUUGGCGCGCAUGGCGGAGGGGGGUGAGGGGUGGCUGCGCUCGUUUUUGUGUAGUCUGGGUUCCCCUGACCCCUCACCUCCUUCUGUCAGUGCGCCGGCUGCGGUGUUUCCGAUGCAGCCAUGUGAUGUCCCGAUUGCUCCUGCGGAGGGCAGGCGGUCCUCCCGGCUUAUCCGCCCCCCCCGUACGUCUCGGCCAUAGCCCCCCUCCUUCUCAGCUUACCUUGGGCUCCCGUAUCUGUGCUGCUGCAGGAUCGCUGGAGCUUCUGGCUGCCGGCUCUGUGCAGAGGGCGGUAGCUCCGCCCCUUCCUCCCCCCUCCCAGCCCCAGGCUCUUCCCUCCUCACACGAGGUCAGUGGAAGUUUAGGUGUACGUGCAGGCAGCAGGAUGGGGUCACAGGGUAGCAGCCAUUCUUCCCAGAGUCUCCCCCCUACCCCCCCUUCCACUCAAAUCACUCUGCCCCCUGCUAUUACUGAGCAGCAGCCGGGAGUUAGUUCUGUUGCUCCUUCACUGGCCAUGAUGCCUGCAGUGACCCCUAGUGGUGCUGAAGUGCUUUUUUCCCCUAUCACUGCACUGUCUCAGCCACUCGUACCUCCUCCCCCUCCUGCGCCCGAACGGUCACGUGCCCGCAGGGGAAGGUCCAGCUCUUCAUCCUCCUCUCGUGAGAGCCGGAGGCGCCAUGGAUCCCACAGGCACCGGUCGCGUCGCAGGUCUGGUGACUCAGCAUGGAGCAGGCGAUCCAGAUCCUCAAGGUGGCGGUCCCCGUCGUCCUCGGAGGGGUCCGUUGCCGCGUCUGGGGAGUCUGUGCGGCGUGUGCGGGUCCAGCGCAAUAGGCGGACGUCUGGUCGGUCUUCCAGGGCUCAGAGCCUGGUUCUGGCACCUUCUUUGCAGCCUGAGGUUCCCGUGCCUGGUCCCGCGGUAGCGCCAAUACCGCCUCCGUCCGGAAUUCCGAUCCUUUCUCCCGGAAGCGGAACGGGAGGGCCGGGAAUGCCCCCCGCACCUGUGGGAUUUGGUGGACAGCAGCUGAUGUCGCUGGUCAGAUCCUCGGUUUCCCCUGCUACCUGGCAGACUCACGGUAAUUCAUGGGUUCAAUGGUGGGGGAUUGUGGGUGAACGAGAUGUUGGCGCUAGGGAUGAUCUGCGGCUGGAGGUGACUGUGGAGUGGCUGUUGUAUUUGCGGUCCUUGCGGGUUUCUGCAGCGGUUGCGCAGCGCCGUCUAUCGGGCAUUGCGUUUCACUUUAAGCUGCGGGGAUGGUCGGAUGUUACCAAGCAUUUCGUUAUUCGGCAGGCUUUAAAGGGUUGGAGGAAGGAAUAUGUUUCCCGAGAGAGUCGACGGCCGGUCUCGUUUGGCUUACUCGGCAAGCUUAUUUCCCUGCUUCCCCAGGUUUGCUCAUCUCCCUUUGAGGUGUCCCUGUUUUCAGGCAGUUUUAGUUUGGCCUUUUUUGCGGCCCUUAGGGUGGUGGAGAUUGGCGUUCAAGCCGUGGGCCCGGUGGUCCUGGUUGUUCACGCUGGGGGCAAUGACAUUGGUUCUGUUCCCUUGCUGGAACUGUUGACCCUGAUGCGGUCAGAUUUGGAGAGGUUCCCGUCCUUCUUUAGGGAGGGAGGCUGUGUGCGGGCUUGA